GGUGGUGGUGAGAUGUGUUGGUGGUGUUGAGAUGUGUUGGUGGUGUUGAGAUGUGGUGGUGGUGGAGGAUGAUGAGGAUGAGGAGAGUUGGAUCCGUGUGCGUGCAGGCCCCGCCACUGAUGUCACGGGCCCCGGCCGCGCUGAACCGCGUACCAUUAAAAGUGAAGGGUUUGUUUCACGAUAUAAUUUCCGUCCGUGAGGCGAGAGAUUUCCCCUCCCCCCUUCCCACCAUGGUGUGCCAUGCAGACCUGCUGGCUGGUGAGUGGCGACUCGCGUCACGAACCCAUUGCCCUUCCCGAUGGGACCACGGUGGUCGUGGGCAGAUGUCGACUCACCAGGAUCAAGGACACGAGAUGCUCGCGGCAGCAGAUUUCAGUGCAGGCAAUGUACUCCAAAAGGGUGGUGCUUAUUAAACAGCUGGGCGUGAAUCCGACGAGCAUCGAGACGGUUGAACUGGGCCACCACGGCGAGGCCGAACUUCGGCCCGGGCAGACGCUGCACGUCGUCAACGCCUCCUACCCGAUGCAUGUCGAGUUCCGCGGUCCGGCCUCCCCCCCGCCCUCCACCCUGGCCUCCGCUUCGGCCUCCGCCUCGGCCCUGGCCCCGGCCCCGACCACGUCGCCAUCAGGGCGACCGUCCCAUCUUCCCAAGCGCGCCUGGCACUCCCCGUCGGGGUCGGACAGCCAGGCGGGAUCCAUCAGGAAGUUCCUGAAAUUCGUCGGCGGGAAGGACCGCGCGAAGGACAACUCCCCGAGCGUCUCGCCAACCAAGGGGAACGCGCAGAAGAGUCCGACCGGCCAGCGGGGUCAGCCGGCCCACUGGAGUCAGAGCCUGAGGGAUGCCAUGGAUGACCCAAGUGUGCAGAUCUUCCGCGAUGACCAGGUGGUGGUGAUCCUCGACAAGUUCCCCAAGGCGCGCCACCACUGGCUCGUGCUGCCCUGGCGGUUCGUGGCGAACGUGGGCGUGCUGCGCGCCGACCACCUGCCGCUGCUGCGCCACAUGCACGACGUGGCCGAGCGGCUGUCCCGCCAGGUGCAGCCGCUGGGCGCGGCGACGGCGCCGCCAACGUUCCGCCUGGGGUACCACGCCAUCCCCAGCAUGAGCCGCAUUCACAUGCACGUCAUCAGCCAGGACUUCGACUCGCCGAGGUUGAAAACUAAGAAGCACUGGAACUCUUUCACCACGGGGUACUUCAUCGACUCGGAGGUCGUGAUGCGCAUGGUGGAGGAGGACGGGCGUGUGGUGAUACCCGAAGACACGGCGGAGCUGCUGAAGAAGCCCCUGCAGUGCCACAUGUGCCACCGUGAGAUCUCCACCAUCCCCAAACUCAAGGAGCACCUGGGCACACACAAGCUGUAAGCGGCUCCGCGACGGGACUGAACCCGGGGCGCCGCCGUUGGUCGUCGACAGCCAACGGACGCGUAACCGGGCGGGACCGGUUCUCGAGAGGAGUAGGCGUUGCCGGUGCUAAAGAAACGGUCGCUAACGAGAAUCGCUCGUACGAUCCUAAUCGUGACGAGGAUCGAUAAACCUCUUAAGUGAAGUUAGGUGAAUAGGUUUGUGCUGCCCGUGGUGUGAUGGAUCUCAAGGCAGUGGAAACUAUGAAUGGGUUGUCUAAAAUCGCCUUCUGUCCACACGGCAGUUAGUCGAUCGUCGGGUCAACUAACUGUGCUGGUUGCGUGUGGUGGGGUAAAGUGUGGGGACUACCACCCCUUCAAAGAUGUCUGGCCAGCGUGGAAGAGUAGGCCAAAUACCCUCUAGAGGGGCUCUCUAGAGCGUCCUCUGGUGGAGAUUCUCCCACCAGCAGUGGAGUCAGCAAGCAAUUGCAGGCCUGCACUUUGCCCUCAUUAAGAUGCAUAGUUACUAAUGUACAACCCCAUGUCAAACCAGUGAUGAUUGAAAGCGUCUCAAUGCCGUGUCAGUCAUGGGGAUUGUUUGACCAUACUUCACCAUGCUGGUCAGCGUACAUUGGUGAAACGAGGGGGUCCAGGACCAAUAAAGAUAAAGCCAUGGCUGGCAAUCGAAGUAAGGUUCUCACCCGGUUGUUGAUCGUGCAGUCCGCGAAUCACUGCGCCACCCAUCGAACCCUCGAUGGAAUGGUAAGGUGACCUUUAUUUAAUCCAGGUGAGGGCCUAUUGAGACAAUGAUCCACAGAGACCUGGAUCAGAAACGUACAACAAAACGUGUGAAAGAAGACGUGUGUAAGUUUGUUGAACUUCUUUCGCACCCAUAAGUAGCCAACUGUGCUAAUGGGAGGUGCCGUGGAAGGAUAACAAACAACGCAAAAAGCAGACAAUGUGAAUAUAAGUGAAACAAAUGUGAAAUAGUUUAUAAUAUUUCAAUGAAGUCCAAAUGAAGAUGGAAUCUACUCCAUGAAACAGCCCUCAUUUGAAAUCGAUAUGUUUCAGGCCGUCUGACACCAGCUUAAAAUCUUUUGCUCGAAGAGGAAUUCUGGUCUUAGUGAUUCCGAAUCGUUAUUUAGACUCGGGAGGAAUCCGAUGAGCUAUGAAUAUAUUUUCCACAUGUCCAGUAGGGGGCAGGUAGUGAAGACACCCCACCCCUAACGCUACUGUCUCCACCCACGCACGACCACCUGUGCAUACUCCCCGUUUCCACAACCCACGCCACUACCCAAAGCGGCUCAACCUCUGUGUGCCUGAGGAAGGGGCGGCACCGAGACAGAGAGACAAGACACAAAUCUCCCAUAUAGCUGUAACAGACUGUAGGAGCAAGUGCUGUUUUUGAGCACGUAUGAAGGCCGGAACAGCACAGGCACAGAAAGAGGCAGGGCCUAAAGAGUAAGGGGGCGGGUCUAAAAAUCGAAAGGCGCCCGGAGCCGAAAGAGCAAGGGGCGGGGCCUAGUCAGGAAGGGGGUGGGGCCUAGUCAGGAAGGGGGCGGGCCCUAAGGAGUAUGUGAGCGGCACAUAAAGAGGAAGGGCUGGGUUCGAAAGAGCAAGCGGCAUGACCUACAGUGGUUGAACUUCCCCCUUGGUUUAAGGUACUAGAAGCAUGACUUUCGUGCGCCGAGGCUAACUAGUAAUAGUUUACGAGCCUUUUGUCAAUACCCUGCUGGAUUAAUGCUUAUCCAUGCUGUGCCGUCAAAGGGUUGUUUGACUGUACUUCACCACACCGGUGAAGGUGGUGGGGGGAGGUGGGGGCCAGAUCUCUACAGCACAGCAUGUGAAAGAGUGCAGCAUCCCAAGUGUGACUAGAUCCUUUGAAGGACCGGUUGAUGUGUCAUUCGCCGCUGAUGGUCUGCAUGUGGGAUGAACCCGGAGUACUCUGAGAAAAUACACACGAGAAAUAGAAACAUUCAAAAUUCCACACGGAUGGGUUUUUACGAACCCACGAGCUGUGUUGCCACCUCGUGGCCACCUCACGGCAGCCACGGUGGUGGUUCGGGAGUUUCACGAGCCGUGUUCGAUUUUUGUUGCCCAAACUGCCGCAGCCGCUUGGGAGUUCUACCGGUUUGCGUUCACGGUGUUGCAGUGUCGUCUCGAGUUGUGUCGUGUUGUGCUUCGUAAUAAGUGGGAGCCAAGCCCCAUUUAAAUAGUUAACAGAGAUACUGCCUGAUAUGAAGAGAACUGCCGUGUGAGCUGCCUCUUUCUAAGAAUGGAGUGUGGAGGAUGAUACUCGCGGAGCUCCUUUGAGUGUGUCACAUGAUCGGUAUUCCAGAGUACUCCUGCGCAGAUUUGCACACGUGUGCUGUACAGCUCUCCAAUGUGUCUUUGGGUUGUAUAUUUGCGCGUUCGGCUCCCAGGAGCGAAACGUCGGUCACCAAUACCGAACAACACGGAGUACAACCUGAGAACACCAUUAAAGAGCUCUCCUGCCAUCCAGUGGAUGGAUGACAAGUUAUAUUAUAUCGGAUGAAGUUUGACUAUCCAUAAUCGGAUAUACACCUUAAUAUGCACGCACAUUCCCAGAAAAUGUGGAACGUUGGGCCGAAGUUGAGCAGACGUCGGUCCAACAGUGUCAACCACGUGCCAACCUUGGCCUAACGUUGCACGUUUACUGGGAUUAUAAUGGACGAUUACAAGACUGCGUUAACAUUGGUGCUUAAGCACAAAUCAAAAUCUCACCACGUGUCUUUAACACUGCUUCAUAAUCGCAGAAGAAUAUUCGAAACAGGCUUCAAACUCGAGAGAGAGAGAGAGCUUAAAUAAUGACUUGUAGUUGGACGUGCUCUGUUUACACUUGGUGCCUUAAAAACAAGUACGUUGACGUGAAUUUUGAUUUGAUUACCAAUCAGUGAAAAUACUUCAGAUACCAUUUUAAAAAUGUCACCUUUACCAUUCGGUCAUCGUUAUUUUGACGGAAACACGUGAUCUGUACACAAUUAUUCUUGUCGGCUUCGUGCAACGUUAUUGAGGCACCAGUGUAAAGUGAACUUAAAAAAAUGCGCCGUGUCGUCUUGCCACACUGCCUGAAAUGUUGAACUGUUAUCUACUUUAUAUCUCACGGGACAGUGUUAACGAUGAUUGUGGUGAGUCUCUCUUUUUAGAUUCGUGCAUCGUACAUUAUAUAUUUUUUCAAACACACGCUCAUUCGUGAUAUUGUAUUGUUAGGAACACUAUUACAAGUGUAGCCGAAACGUAGAGUUUAUUAUUCUUGAAGAGCUUAAAUAGUAAACAAUAUGGUGUAUGUUAACAUUUAUGUAAGAGACAGCAUCUGCCAAGUGUAAGUGACGGUCAUAAUUAUUAUCUGCGUUUGGUAAGAAAAGUAGCACAUUUGCUUAUUUCACUGUUGUAAAACAAAAAUAACGAUCUUGAUAUUAUCUUCAGUUUUUAUCCGAAUAUGAAUGUUCCUUUUUGACCAAUUUACACAUUAUACAUACAGCACAUUAUUAUUUCGUUCAAAAGUAAUUUCACUUAAGCUAUUUUUACUUACACCUACAUACAAACCAAUCAUUGUGGAUUUUUGGUCAAAAAUACUUGCCUUAUAUAUAUUUUUUCAUGCAUUCAUACGUUUCAGUAGCAAUAUCAUCAUCGUCGCUUUGUUUUUUUCGAGUUGCAUUGUUUUUUACCCCCAAGUUUUGCUAACGCAUUCGGAAAUUAGUUGAACGUUUGUAAAUACAUUUUCAAGUGUACACGUGGCCUGUUGCUUCUCGCCGCACACAGCGUUAGAUUUGCUCUCCUCGUAGCGUUCAGUGUUUACUUUGUUACUGAACACUAAUAAAAAAUAUAUAUAAAGUCCUCGAAAA